GAGAGUGACGAUGCCGAGCUACAAACAGCGUCUAUCUUUGGUUCAGCAAAAGCAAGUCAAGAAGCAGAUAAUGUUAUCAUUUUGCAAGAUAAGAAAGGAAAAAACGCAGGAAAAUAUCUGCAGGUAUGGGAAGAACAGGGGGACCAAUGUGAAAAUGCUAUCAAUGCAAAAUUUACCAAAUCAGUUUUAUAAUAUUUACUAUAAUAGUGUUAAAAUCCUAAAAUUCCGUAGGGCUAAGUUACCUGCUUUAGUAACUUUUCAUGAGCGAUUGUACUGGUUAAAUUACUGAACCUCAUAUCUCCAUUUGUCUGUUAGGUUACUAAAAACCGUUUUGAUGGCACACUGGGGAAAGUCUACUUAGAUUUCAACCGCGAUUCACUGACCAUGUCAUCCUACCAAGGAACCACCACGACCACUGUGUCAUCUAAGAAAGACAACAAGUUUAUACGAAGUGUCAAGCCUCCUAAAACAGGCCUGAGCUCUAGAAAAACUAAGACUGGUGGUGAGAAUGAAGAAAGGGAAACCGGAG